CGCAGCGUAAGGGCAUCGGUGCGCGCGGCUUGGAGAAGCCGGGCACCUCUCCGGGUGCCUCGGGGUCACGGCGGCUAGAGUCGCGCGGAGACAUGAGUGACACCGGAGGGGACUGCACGCGCCUCAGGAACUACCCCCGGCUCCCGGUGUGGGUGGUGGAAGAUCACCAGGAGGUUCUGCCUUUCAUAUACCGGGCCAUAGGUUCGAAGCAUCUUCCUGCAAGUAAUAUAAGCUUUUUACAUUUUGACUCACAUCCGGACCUCCUUAUCCCUGUGAAUAUGCCAGCGGACACUGUGUUUGAUAAGGAAGCACUCUUUGGAGAAUUAAGUAUUGAAAACUGGAUCAUGCCCGCAGUUUAUGCCGGCCAUUUUUCUCACAUAAUAUGGCUUCAUCCCACAUGGGCUCAGCAAAUCAGAGAGGGCAAACACCACUUCUUAGUAGGCAAAGACAUUUCUACCACCACAAUCAGGGUUACCAGUACAGAUUAUUACUUCCUGAGUGAUGGUCUGUUUGUACCUGAAGACCAGCUGGAGAACCAAAAACCAUUGCAGUUGGAUGUGAUCAUGGUAGAACCUUACAAACUCGGUAACCAUCAGGAUGGCAGUGACUCCAUGUCUUCUGCAAAGAGGCCCAAGCUGGCACUGGGCGGUGGAGAGAGCACUUCCUCUGCUAAUGGGGACUCUUGCUCAGAAGGACUGUCAGGGGAUGCAGGGACCCCAAGAAGUGACCAUGCUUGUCAAGAGCCGUCACGCUCAUGUUCUGGAGGCCAACAGUACCAGAGCCCAGCCAGCUCUGGGGAGAUUCUGGAAAUGCUGAAGGAUGGAGGUGCAUUUGUUUUAGAUAUUGACUUGGAUUUUUUUUCUGUCAAAAAUCCCUUCAAAGAAAUGUUCACUCAGGAUGAAUACAAAAUUCUACAGGAACUUUACCAGUUUAAAAAGCCUGAUAGUAACCUUACUGAGGAAGAUUUGGUAGAUAUUGUUGACACUCGAACUCACCAAUUAGAAGACUUAGAAGCAAUUUUUGCUGAUUUGUGUGAUGGUGAUAGUGAAGAAACUGUACAGAGAUGGGCUUCAAAUCCUGGAAUGGAAUCACUAGUUCCACUUGUACGGAGUUUGAAAAAACGGAUGGAAGUACCAGACUAUGAAAUGGUUCACCAGGCUGGGCUAACCUGUGAUUAUUCAGAACUUCCUCAUCACAUCAGCACAGAAGAAGAAAUUGAGUGCCUUAUUCAGUCUGUGUAUUAUCUACUGAAAAGUCUUCCAAAGCCUACUCUUGUGACAAUCGCAAGGUCAAGUCUGGAUGAUUACUGUCCUCCUGAACAGGUUGAUAGCAUUCAGGAAAAGGUCCUCGGCAUGCUGAGCUCACUCUAUGGGACCCUGGACACUCACCUGGUGUAUUCAGAGGAGUCUCCUCCAUGUUGAAGCUCACAGAGCACUAGGCUCCUGUGCAAUUGGUACAGCAGCAGGGCCUUAGUUUGUGAGUCUUCCAGAGGACACUUUCAUUUUUUGGCUUUUCGAGACAGGGUUUCUUUGAGAAACCUUAACUGCCUGGAAUUCACUCUGUAGACCAUGCUGGCUUCAAACUCACAGAGAUUGUCCUGUCUCUGCCUCCCACUGCUGGGAUUAAAGGUGUGCACCACCACCACCCAGCCAGAGUACACUUUUUAUGCUAACUUUCAGUUGAAAUCAGUCUGAUAUUUUGAAUCGCAAGCAAAUACCAGUUGUUGAAUACGGCAGUUGGGGCAGAGGUAGGGGAUGUUUGUUGCUUUGGUUCUAUUGUUUUCAUGUCAAAUCUGUAAACCCCAGUUGAUGGGGACUCUUGGCGGUCUUCCUUGCUUUCCAUGUUGUCUUUGAUUUCAUGAGAGAUUUUUUUCUCUUCCCCAAACAGAGUUUAGGAUUAGAUGAGAUUUAUUUAUUUAUUCUUUCAGCUGGUGCUUAUUUAGCCAGACACUGUUAAAGACAAGAUGCCCUGGCCUCCUUGGGGGACAAAGGAGAAGUAAUGAUGGGCUCUGGACAGUCUCAGGGAAAGAGAACAGAUGCGUCUCAGGCACCCUGGCCUUACAGGAAGUAGGAGUCUCAAAAGUGAUGCAGAAAGAUCCUUGCCGGUCCAUGAAGAUACUGUACCAAGGCUGCCUGUCUAAGGAUGUUGGAAUUGUGCCCUCGCUUUUGCUAAAUGUUCUCCAGCAUUGUUUCUAUGCCAGAGGUCUGGUUGAGUAAACAAAAUUUCCCUUUCUGUUGUUGCUUUUAGGUUUUUUGGGUUUUGUUGUUGUUUGAUUGGUUGGUUUUUGGUUUUUGGAGACAGGGUUUCUCUGUGUAGCCUUGGCUGUCCUGGAACUCUGUAGACCAGGCUGACCUCGAACUUGGAGAACUACCUGCUUCUGCCUCCUGAGUUCUGGGAUUAAAAGAAUGCACCACUACUGCCUGGCUGCUUGUACUUUUUGAAAAUUGGAAUGACUUCUGGGGGUGGGGGCUUCCUUUGGGUUGUUACUGUGGGCCUCAGCUGGCAUUUAGUCACUGAGUGUCACUUAAUUGCCAGUCAGGGUCAAGGGGCUAGAAAAUUGCUAAGCACUUUUUGCUCUUGCGGAAAACUGGAGUUUAGUUCCCAGCACCCACAUGGCACCCAGCGUCUUAUAACCCCAGAGCUGGAGGCCAGCACUCUCCCCACAGCACCACACACAUACGUGCAUGACAACACAUAAACACAUAAAUAAAAAUAAUCUUAAAAAUCACAGUGGGGCCUCCCAUAGGUGAGCGCAGAGCAAGACAAGAAGUGAAGAACUGUUUAUUACUUGAGGCAGCCAGGAGAGCAUUGGGGACAUUUUCCAGAGUAAUCUCUCCCCAAAUAAGGAAGGGAAGGAAAUUGUGUUGGGGAAACUUGUGCAAGUUUUUGCUAGAAAGACCUAUCACUGCAUAGAGAAGAGAAUAUUUUUCUGCUGUAUGCAUUUGGAGAUCAUGCUUUAUGUAUUUAAUAAGCCAAGUUUGCCCUCGUGACCCAGAAGACUGGUAGGCUCUUCUGACUGGAUUAAACUAGUUGUGGGGAGGGGGAGAUGUGCUUUGAGGGACGUAGCACCCCCCCCCCACUACUGCAGACAACAGUGUUUACAGUGCUCGCUAACCUUGGGAGUUAUUUCCUCAGUUUACCUUCUGCCCGCACUUGGCUUCACUUUUGUUCUCUAGUCUGUCUCUUUUCCUUUAAAGGGUGAGAUGGCCUGUAAAGAAAACGGAACGCGUCCAUCAUUCACCAGAGCAUAGCGGUUACUCCCGUUUCUGCAGGUCGCUUUCAGCCCUCAUCUGCACGUGUGCCUGUAGAGCUGUGUGACCAAAAUCAGUUACUUGGCUGCAGCUAGUACUCCAGGACACGUGACCAUUGUCGUGCAGUAGAUGGAAGCAUAUUCCAUUUGUUUGUGUGUGUUUGUUUUUGGGGUUUUCGAGACAGGGUUUCUCUGUGGCUUUGGAUUCUCUCCUGGAACUAUCUCUUGUAGACCAGACUGACCUCGAACUCACAGAGAUCCGAGUGCUGGGAUUAAAGGCGUGUACCACUGCCACCUAUCUAUAUUCCAUUUUUAUAGUGGCCAUAUUUUCCACUGGUGAAUUCUCUUGUCAUUAUAAAAUUUUGUAAAUUUUUUGUAUAUAUUUUGAAAAUUUUCUGUUAAAGUUCUAUAAAUAGGCAUUUUUUAUGUAUAAAUUUUUCUGUGUUAAAUGAAAUUAAAUGCUGUGAUUGGCAGUUUUAAGGCUUCUAGGUCAAACUAGAUCACUACUUGUUCUUGAUGUCAGUCUGCUGGUUUCAUUGGUUUUUACCUAUGUUUUGUUUUGAUUUGUUGUUGUUGUUGUUGGGAGAGUUGUUACUGUUUAUUAUGAGUCCAGUAAACUCAUCAUUUUUUAACUUGGGUCAGAUAAAAGUGAUACACACCUGUAAUCUCAAUAUUCAAGCUGAUGCGGGAAGAUUCCAAUGAGUUCAAGCCCAGCCUAGGCUACAUAGACUUAUCUCAAAGAGAGAACAAGAAGUCUAUUUCCUUUAUAGGCAUUCUGGUGCUUAAGGUGUCCCCCUCCCCAACUC